AUGACGCAAAGCAACAUUGACCAGCGGGCGUAUGAGACGCUGCGGAGUCUCGGCUGCUCAGAGGAAACGGCAUCUCGACUUCUUUAUCGCUGGUGGCCGGAUAUUGAGGGUUGUGUGGAGGAAUUGCGGCGCAGGCGUAUGCCAUCUCUGAUGGCGCUUGAGGUGUUUUCUCAGCAAAGGAACUACUUUCGCAAUUUGAGCAAGUCCAUGCUACCGAUAGGCAAAACCCAGCUGCCGUGCUUCCGCGAGGAACAUCUUGAUGAACCUAGCAGUGGCUAUCCGACGCUCACGUGGGGUGAGGUGGCGGAGCGAAUCAACAGUAGUCCCGAGGUUGAAAUUUUUUUUCUGGAUGUCGAAUCUGGCAUCAUUACGGAUUUUGACAGCUACGAGGAGUAUUAUCAAAACAACAUUCUUGCGGAGGGGUUUAUGGACAUCGUGGCGUUUACCACCACCGUGGACGGUCUUGUGCCCCUGGUGGACUACCUGCACGCCAGACAUUUUGGCGGAAUGCAGCCGCCUCGUGCCUGUACUCUACGAGGACCCUGUGUCUUGAGCAGCAACGGGCGUAGUAUAAACUUCACAUCGGGAAUUUCCCUUGGAAAUGAUGUGACAAGGACGAUAAGAAGUGAACAAGUUAUACUGCAACCCCCCCGCAGACGUACCCGAAUCCUCUUGGGGAACGAUGUACUCACGUCAGUCAAGCAAAGACAAGAUAAGGAUGGUAUGCAACGGGCUCUGAAGGCCCACGGUCUGACGCAUAUUCGCGGCAUUUCUGGAUUUAGCGCCGCGGAUGCGAAGCGCUGGAGACGGGAGCAGAAAAUUCCAUUCCCCGUUAUUGUUAAACCCGUGAGUGGCGCAGGAUCGGAGCUGGUGACCAUUUGUUACAGCGACGAAGAAAUCGACACCGCCUUUUCUCUCACACGUAACGUGAAGACAACCCAAAUGACGGAUGCGUCUCAUAUGCUCUUGCAGGAAUACAUUGAGGGACAAGAAUACGUUGUGAACAUUGUGAGCUACAACGGAAAGCAUGUUGUCUCUGAUGUUUGGAAAAGCUGGAAGUAUCCCAUUUCGUUGUACAGCACAAGACUCCUUCCUUCUGUGGAGGAGAGACUCAGACGUGAGUAUAAAUGUACGGGGCGUGGCAGACUUCCGGUUCAACAAAACAGCACGGCACUUUUGUAUGAUCGUAUUGAAUUUGUGCAUAACUUGGCGGAGUUGGAUCCGAGCUCUGAGGUAAGGCGCGUUGUGGCGUAUACCCUUCAAUGUGUUGAUGCCCUUGGCAUGCGGCAGGGAUGUUCACAUUGCGAAGUUCGCAUAGAUAAUCGUUUUGGUAGUGUCUCUCAGGGAAUGCCGAUCCUUAUCGAACUAAAUCCACGCAUGCUUGGCGACACCCCUCGCGCUACCCCUCUUGUGGGAUACGAUCAGUACAUGCUUUUGAUGUAUUUAGUUCUUUCUGCCGCAGCCAUUCCCGAAGAAACAUUUUCUCCCGUCCACUGUUGUAGUCAUAACAGUGAUGAUGGGAGAAAGAAGGAGGAAGAUAUGCAGGGUCUACUCCCGUGGCCACCUGCCCCGCUUCUAUAUAAAUCGCUUGCGAAAGAAGUCUCUUGUCACGUUGUUUUUUUGCGCGCCGCAGAGUGCAGUGUGGUGUGCAAUCCGUGUAUUCAUGAUAUAAUUGCUCUGCCAACAUUUGCGUACUUUACGCGAGGCAACAUUUUUGACCAUUUGGGAAAGUUGGGCACUUUGACAUCUGUGGAGAAAACGGUGGAUCUUUUAACCUCACCUGUUGCAUGCGUUCUUAUUGGUCCUGUGGAGGAAAUUCGUCGCGAUACCGAGUACAUUCGCCGCGUGGAGAACAAGGACCUCACGGCGUGGUUGCCGCUUCUGAAUGCCGCACUGGAGCUUCGCCCAGCCUUCCAGGGACAGGCAAGCACCCUCCCCUGCCCUUGCUCCGAGAAUUCAGGUGACACAAAACUCGCAAAAAAGGAGAGGAAGUUGCGCCCCGCAAACAAUACCUCCAGUUUCAAUGCUGCCGUGGACGACGUUGUGUCAUUCUUCACACGGAUGGAGCUCCCGCUGUUUGUGCCUGUGGAUUAUUUCCUUAAACUGAAGACUUUAGGUCUUGAGCACCUUGUGUUGGGAGUUAGCGGGGGCGCCAAGGACAACGCUUGA